UACACGAUACUGUCUUACUUGUCAGGGCUCUCGUACGUCCUAACGAGGAUUGCUGUAGUCUGGGGAGUAACGUAGUUUAGUCAAGGGGGAUGUCAGUGCUUCACGUUAGUACGGGCUGUUAGCUAGCGUUAAGUGAAACGACAGGAGAUGCGGCUUAUUAACCGAUAUAUUUCAUAGCUAGCUACCGCAUGUCUUUGAAUUUUACUGAAUAGUCAAGCAAGCUAGGUUGGCUGGAAACCACUGAGGGAAUCUGAGGAAGAGAACUUAGGGUUAACUUAUUUGACACUGGUCGUGACAGCUAAUAGUAUUCAAAGGAGACCGGGUUCAGUCCUUCAACUACCAGCUGAGUCACUAUCCAAGGGUAGAAUGUUGACAAGUCUCUUUAAAUAGGACGCUGCUGUAGGAGUGUCCCGGCGCUCUCUGGACUGCGAUCAAUUGGCUGGCUGGCGUGGCCGGCGGGCUGGCUCCUCCUCCUCCCGGCGGCAACGUGCGCUCCCAGCCGCCUCCCCCCUGUGCCCCACGCUCGCCUGGCCCCCGUGCCCGAGCCCAUGCCCCCAGCUCUGCACGGCCCCCCAACGCCAUGUGCGUCCCGCACACCAUGGAGACGGGCAAUCACAGCACGGGCCCGGCCCAGGGCUGCCGCGGCGGCGUGCCGCUGGAGCCGUUCGUCCACCAGGUGGGCGGCCACACCAGCAUGAUGCGCUACGACGACCACACUGUCUGCAAGCCGCUCAUCAGCCGUGAGCAGCGCUUCUACGAAUCGCUGCCACCUGAGAUGAAGGAGUUCACGCCAGAGUACAAAGGUGUGGUCUUGGUGUGCUUCGAGGGCGACUUGGACGGCUACAUCAACCUGGUGGCGUAUCCGUACGUGGAGAGCGAGAACCUGGAGCAUGAAGAACUGUCUGAGCGUGACCAGCCACGGCGCAAGCACUCCCGCCGUAGCCUGCACCGCUCCAGCAGCGAGCACAAGGAGGAUCGUCCCACCCAUGAGAGCGAGAGUAGCGAGAGUCUGCAGGAGCUGAAGAGCCCUCGUAUCGAGCUGCAGAUCCACUCGGAUGUGCCCUUCCAGAUGCUGGACAGCAACAGCGGCUUGAGUUCGGAGAAGAUCAGCCACAACCCGUGGAGCCUGCGCUGCCACAAGCAGCAGCUCAGCCGCAUGCGAUCCGAGUCCAAAGAGAGGAAACUCUACAAAUUCCUGCUCCUGGAGAAUGUGGUGCACCACUUCAGCUAUCCCUGUAUACUGGACCUGAAGAUGGGCACGCGGCAGCAUGGAGACGAUGCAUCGGAGGAGAAAGCUGCUCGCCAGAUGAAGAAGUGUGAGCAGAGCACCUCUGCCACUCUGGGUGUGCGAGUGUGCGGGAUGCAGGUGUACCAGAUGGACACAGGCCACUAUUUGUGCCGAAACAAGUACUAUGGGCGCGGGCUGUCUAUCGAGGGCUUCCGGCACGCCCUGUAUCAGUUCAUGCACAAUGGUGCGCAGCUGCGCAGGGACCUGUUUGAGCCCAUGCUCAGUAAGCUGCACAGCCUGAAGGCCGUGCUGGAGCGCCAGGCGUCCUACCGCUUCUACUCCAGCUCACUACUCAUCAUCUACGAAGGCAAGGAGCCCGAGCGGGAAGUGUGGCCGCAGACGCCCCUCGAGCUGCCGCCCUCAAAGAAGGAGUUCCCGCCCCCGCAGCCUACCCAGGACCCUGCUCACCCUCCAGUGAUUGAGGCCCCGCCUACCUUGGAGCCACAUGGCCUGCUCCUGCAGCUGCCCAGUGUGGAUGUGCGCAUGAUAGACUUCGCUCACAGCACCUUCAAGGGUUUCCGUGAUGACCAGACAGUGCACGACGGUCCUGACCGGGGCUACGUAUUCGGACUGGAGAGUCUGAUCAAUAUUUUGGAAGCGAUCCGGGCAGAGAACCAGUAGCUAAAGAUGGCAGUCACCACUCGUCUCCGCCCCUUCCCUGUAACCCCUCCCUCCCACUCAUCCUUGAUAUUACCGUACUGUUUAUGUGGAGUACAGAAACAUGGUCUUGUUUCUGUAAAAGAAUAGCAGAUUGGUACAUGCAGGAACCAGGGAGGAAACAGCUUCGGUCGUUCAGCCGUGAGGGUUUUAUGCAGCUUCACCAUCGCCAUGCAGGGGAAAUGGAGGUGACCUCCAGUAGGGUCUCUAACUUGGCCUGCAAUUUAAGGACCGAAAUGGCAGGCAUGACCUGUUGAAACAGGAGAGGGGCCUGUUUGUGUGUCCUGUGGAUUCAUCGCCACCAUGUGGCCAACUGACAUUUUGCAGUCAGAUAAGAUUUUAAGCAGGCAGCCACAACUCAGGGCAAGUCCAGGGUCAGGUCCUCUUUACAGUUUGGGGUUGGUGCAGGGAAAGUGUGUGGGCGUGUGUGGGUGUGUGGGGAGGAUAGACGCUUUGUGGGUGGUGGUGGUCUAGGGAGGUGAGAUCCCCAUAGCAGUAUUCCUACAAGGGCCUGAGAAAGGGAGCAGUUUCGCUCAGUGUUAUUUGUGAAAGCUUUAUUGUAAAAUUCAGGUGGAAGGCUUAUAGCAGGCCCAGCCUGCCCAUCCUUG